AACGCCUUCUGGUUCAGCCUGGGCUGCUGCACCUUCUUCCUCAUCCCCAGCAUCAUCUUCGCCGUCAGGCUCACCAAACACUUCCGACCCAUCCGCAACCGCCUCAUCUCCACGGGGUCAGAGGAGACCUGUCCCUUCCACAUCCCCCGUGUCACAGCGCUCAAGCUCUAGGACGGGAUUCUGCCAGGUGCGGCGCCCCAGGAGCUGCCACAAACCCAACCCCAACACCAAAGCAGCACAAACCCAAAGCACAAACCCGUGCCAAAGCUCUGGGUCCCUCCGGCACCUCUCAGGGCUUUGGAUCCCUCUGGCGUCUCUUUCCUUUGGGGUCUGGUGUCCUUCCCGAGCAUGGAACACCCGGAGAUUUGGGGUCUCUGGGUGGUCCUGGAGCCCGGCUGGAAGGGGAGGCUCCCCCACCCCUCUCACACCCCACAGCGAUCCCCCACUCCCAGCACCCUUGGGUGGUGUGGGGCACAUUAAAAUCCUCUCCUAAAAUCUGCCCCUGACUCUUUUGUUCACGCCCUUUGUGUCCCCAUUAUCCACAGGGAAUGGCUCUGAGGGGCUUUGGGGUGAGGGAUUUGGGAUGAGAGGAGCCCAUGGCUGAGGGGCCUUGGAGCUGAGGGGACCCCAUGGCUUUGGAUUUGAAGGAGUUUAGGGGAACGUCAGGGUUGAGGUUAUGGCUGAAGGGGCUCCAGGACUGAGGGGGGCUCUGGGGCUGGGAUUGUGGCCAAGGGGGUGACACAGCCAUGAUGGUUCAGGGUCAGGCCUGAGGUGGCUCCAGGACUGAGGGGGUGACACGGCCAUGAUGGUUCAGGGUCAGGCCUGAGGUGGCUCCAGGGCCAAGGGGGUGACACGGCCAUGAUGGUUCAGGGCCAGGCCUGAGGUGGCUCCAGGACUGAGGGGGUGACACAGCCAUGAUGCU